AUGUACAUAUCUUUGUCCUCCUCAUCUGAGACUAGUCCAAGCAGCUCAAAAGGCACUGGCUCAGGCACAAGAACAAAAAGUUCUACCAAUCUUACUAGUUUCAAUUCCAAAUAUGUCACAGCCGCAGGAGAUACUAUAUAUGUAACUGCUGAAGCGGCACACAGAGACAGUGGAACUAACUCUUCAAAGAAUAGGAAAAAAAGGAUGCAUCAGCAGCCAUCAUUUUCAUUGGUUGAAACACCUAGGGAGAUACCAUUCAAGGAGAUAGUUUUGGCCACAGAUAACUUCUCAGAGUCCAGAAGGGUGGCUGAGUUAGACUUUGGAACUGCUUACCAUGAUAUCCUAGAUGGCCACUACCAUGUCAUGGUGAAACGCCUUGGCUUGAAGACAUGCCCAACAUUGCAGCAAAGAUUUUCCAAUGAGCUAAGAAACCUGGCAAAACUGCGGCACAAGAAUUUGGUGCAGCUUAGAGGGUGGUGCAUUGAGCAAGGAGAGAUGCUUGUGGUGUAUGAUUACUCGGCUAAAAGAUUUCUCAGUCACCGACUUCACCAUCAUAACAAUAGUACUAAAAAUGUUCAUUCUGUGCUCAAAUGGCAUCAUAGGUAUAGCAUAGCGAAAUCACUUGCGUCUGCACUUCUCUAUCUGCACGACGAAUGGGAUGAACAAGUCAUUCACAGGAACAUAACCUCUUCAGCAGUGACUCUUGAACCUGACAUGAGCCCAAGGCUAGGUAGUUUUGCUCUGGCCGAGUUUCUGUCAAGGAAUGAGCAUGGCUAUCAUGUGAUCUAA